AUGCCGAGCGCCAACCCGCAGGGCCUCCUUGAAAGUCAAUCAGAUGGGGCGGAGCCGCUGCACCCCGGAUGGGGUCCUGAGGCCUAUAAAUGCUUUGCGUCGAACUAUGUGUCUUCGCCGGAUCGAUUGAUCCGUGAAAUACGAAAGCAAAAGCGCCUAAGGGAGGCAGAACUCAAACAACGCAUGGUGGCAAAGAGGCAGGGGCCAUCACAGUUGUGUAAGUCGAAAUUAAAUCAACCCGCAAUGACUAUUCGCGCACCCGUUGGUACGGCUCGAGAGCUUGAUUUUAGUGAAUUCGAUGAGUGUAGAGGUGACCAAACGGAAUGCCGGCGUACAAUAGGACACAAAGUAAAUCCAAUUCUUGUUAGAGAAGUGGAUGGUAAUUAA